AUGCUGAAAUUACAGGUUGUUUUGGUACCUCCGAGUGCCCAGAAUGGACCUGUUCCCUAUGGGUUCACUUCUAGUACAGCGGACUCCUCUCGGUUGAUAGCAUCAGGGUCCGUGUUUGGCUCUGGAGUUCCAAGAAAUGCUGACACUUCUUUACCUUUCCCUUCAAAUUUGAGUGCGGCCAAUACUACGCUAUAUCCAAACCAUUUUGCUCAGACAAAGCGUAAGAAAUUCCUUCAUUUCACUAAAUCUUCCAACACCUUGCUGGAUCUUUCAUUGGAAAUUGUACAGAAAUGUGAGAAGAUGUAUCCAACAAUGAGCGAGGAAAUCGAUAUAUUGAGUCUUCAGGAUAAUAGUGGUUGCGAUUUGGAUCCCGACUUCUAUGUGAAAGAUGUCUUCAAUAUUGAUAAUACGGUACGAGUAAUCUUGAAGAAUGAGAUUAUUAUAGAUGAUUCAUCCCCAGUCUCAGGGUAUAGGUUCACGAAGAAGAAAAAGCUGAAUAGCGGAUUUGCUCAACCCCAAGAAGUACAAAAUCAAUCGGCACAGACCUUACCUCCUGCAUCGUCCUCUACUGGUAAUGGCGGCAUUCUUAAGAUCGCAAAGAAGAGGCCUUCUACAUCGGUAAUGAGGCAUCCAACAACAGGGACCAUGAGAAUUUCUACGCCAUUGGCUCAUCAGAUAUAUCCUCCACCAAACAGUAAUCGAAUGGUCUCCAAUAAUUCCGAUGAUGAGGAUGCGAGCGAAAGAUCUUUCCUACCACCUCCAGCUCAACCGCAAUCUCCACCCAUUAGGAUCAGCUCUAGUAUGGAGAAUAAUAAGAGGAUUAGAUCCGCGGUGGAAGAAGACGCAGUGUCUCGUUCAGAGACGGUAGAUCCUGAUAAGUCAAAACAACAACGGCUCCUGUCGGGUACGCCGGUGGCGAAUACUAUGACCCCAAACAGAGUCACAUUAACUGGCCAAAGAGUCGUUUCAGAACGCAUGAGCAACGGUAGCAGCCAAAAUGGUUCCAUUUUCACCGCCAGCUCCACCUCUGGAAACAGAUUAGGUUCUGCUGCAAACACCAGGAUUACUUCUGGGAUGUUAAGCAUACCUGAGCCACGUAUAGCUGAAAUCGAAAAGGAAUUGAAAGAAGGUCCUUCAAGUCCAACCUCGAUUUUGCCAGCUGUUCCUCAUCGGAUUCCAAUGAAGGAGCCAUACCAGAAGAUGGCGAUUGAUCAAUCCGACGAUAUUUCUUCUUCUGAUGAGCAGGACUCAGAGUCGCAGGUGAAAACGUCUGCGCAGCGUCAAACAUCAAUCGCAGAUAACAAUGGCUCUCCUGUAAAAGAAAGCCCACUCGGUGAGAAUCAUUUACGCAAUGUGCAUCUCGCAGAGCUUCCACGUUCCAAAAGCGGCUCGGUUUCAGCACAAAGAAAAACCUCGCUAGAAGCAAGAGUCGAGAACAAAACAAUUGGCGUGGUACCUCAGAAAGGUGAGGAAGAUGAACCGGUAAGAAAGGAGAGUUUUUCUGAUGAAGAAGGAGAAGAAGAACAGGAUGUUAGAGAAGAAGAUCAAGGAUUGCAGCGCCAACUUGGUCUAACCAAUGAAAAAGCUGAAGCUGAUACAGGCGAAGAGGAAGAAGAGAAUGACGGGAACGAUACCGUGCUAAUCACAAGAAAUGAGCCUGACAACAAAUCACACUCAAACACUAGUAUCCAUAAAACAGAUUUCCUCAAGCUGAUGGAGGGCGGGUCUACUGAUUUCCCACCAUGGUUUGGUCAACAUGGAUCAAAGGGAAAGCCAUAUACAACUGUUUUGCAUAAGGAUAUCGACAAUUCGAAGCCCGAUCCAAGAAAUAUCAUACCUAGAGAUACGCCAAGGAGCGCGGCAAAGAAAGCCGCUCAACUGCUAUCUGGGAAGCAAGGGCAAAAAUCGGAGCAGCACGAUGAUGCAUCAGAAUCUCCAAGCCCUUCUAGCAGUGAUAUUGAGACAGACAGUUCACUUGACUCGGACCAUGAUAGAAUAUUCAUCAAUGAGAAUAAUUCCGUAAGAUCCCUCAAUUUGCGUCCGUUGAAAGAGAAAGUCAUUUCCAGCCAAGACCUGAACUCGAGCGAUGCAGUUGCUACAGAUACUACACAAAAGGACACCAAGGUAUCACAGAAAUCCAGUGCGGAUGAAAAUAUUCCUUCGAAAGACAAAGUUGAGAGUGGACAAAGUAGCGCGACAGAACCAAGUAAGCUGCCUCUUCCAGUUGAUGAAGUACGAGGCAACAUUAUACAGGGAAAUGAGAAGCCAUCUCCUCGCAAAACAAUUAAAGAACAACCCGAGGCCGUGGCCGAGAAGCGUGUAUCAGAGCAGUUAAACAGCACUAAAGCGGAAUCAAAGCCUGAUGUGCAGCCGUCUGCGCACAAGGCACAGAGUUCCUCGCAGAAAACUGAUUUAUCAACCAAUAGUCAUAACGGGACCGAUUUAAAGAGCACCACCGCUGUCGCCGGAAAGACCGGGAAAGCUCAAGAUGGCCAAAAACUUAAGCUAUCAACCAAGGCUUCUUCUGACAACAGUGACGAAAGUAGGAGCCCGUCGGUACCUGCCGCUCGUUCUCAACCAACAAAGAAGGAAGAAGCUGAAAUGAAGCGUCGAGAAAGAGAGGCUGCCAGAGCUGCUAAACUUGAGGCGGCUCAAAAGCUCAAAGCCGAAAAGGAAGCACAGAAGGUGGCCAAGCAAAAGGCCAAAGAGGAGGCCAAGUUAGCAAGAGAGGCAGAAGCAGCUAGGAAGAAGCACGAACGAGAGGAGAAAAAGAGGUUGAGACAAGAGAAGUUAGCAGAGGAAAAGAGAAAGCGUGAAGAAGCUAACGCUAAAAAGAGCGAAGAACCAGCUGUGGUGAAGAAGGCUGACGAAAAACCCGAAGAGAAGGUAAAACCUCAGAAGGCCGUUCUUGAUGGGGGUGAUAAACUGAAGGAAUUGAAAGCCAAAUUCACCAAAUCCAGGGCUUAUGUACCAGCUGGAUUGGCCCGUCAGAGCAUAAGGCGAUCUGACGAUAGCUCUGAAUCAGGAAGCUCGGAUGACGAAAGCUCAUCAGAUGACUCUAGUUCUUCUGAUGAGGAAAGUUCAUCCAUCUCCAAAAAGUCUAGGCGCCUAAUUGUAGACACACCCAAAGGAGCCUUGAGUUCGGCUCAGAACAAAAGUGCCAUAAAAGAACUUCCUGGAGUCGAAGAUGUGCCACAAUCCACCCAACGCAGCAAUCCAGCCAGCCAGGAAACUCCUAAAAAGACACCAAAUAAGAUACCAGUUACAAGAUUGAUGGAAAUGUCGUCACCUAGUUCCUCUAAAGGGGACGGUCAGGCACGUCCCAGCUUCCUGCAAGGACUUCCUCAAAAAGUCCGUCCUUCUCUGAGCUCUUUAUCCGAUCUGGUUUCAAAGGGCGUACCAGACGUUAGAGAGAAGAGCAUGACUGUAUCACACCCGGCUGCAAAGAAAGUGGCAACAAGCAUGAGCGACGACUCGAAUGACGAAGACGAUUCUCUAUCUGAAUCGUCCGACUCAGACUCUGAUAGUGACGAUUCUUCUUACCGACGGAGGUAG